AUGGCGGAUAAACAGACAGAUGUCGCCCUGACCAACGCUGUUCUCGACUCGGGCCUGAGCAGUGAGACCGCAAGCAGAGAGGACGUGCGAACCAAGGAUGCCGAUGUGACCUUCGCGCGCCGUGGUGAGGUGAUUGACGAUGCUGCUGGUCAAGAUGCAGAUGGGUUCGACGCUGAGAGAAUGCGCGGAAGGGCUCUUCUGACAGCGGAGGAAGAAAAGGCACUCAUGAGACGCGUGGAUUGGCGUAUGAUGACCAUUUGUUCGAUACUGUUCUUGCUCAAGAACAUCGACGCGGACAACAUUUCAAAUGCUCGGAUCAUGAAUCGCGGUACCUCUCAGAACAUCAUGACCGAGCUUAAGAUGACUGCCGAUCAGUACAACUUGCUGACUGUGUUAUAUUAUGUCCCAUACAUCGUCUUCGAGGCCCCGUCCAACUUGGUGUUAAAGAAGUUUUCGCCGAGCACAUGGCAGUCCCGCAUCAUGAUAUCGUGGGGUAUUGCAUUACUGUGUCAUGUUCCAGUCUCGAACAAAGGUGGCAUAUACGGCACGAGAUUCUUGCUUGGUCUUGCAGAGGCUGGGAUGUUUCCUGGUGUGAUCCUACAGAUGACUUAUUGGUACCGGCCAGAUGAGAUGUCGGUACGGCUCCUGUACUUCUACAUGCUCGGCAACCUUUCGGGCAUCUUCAGCGGCCUGUUGGCUUUUGCUUUUGACACGAUCUCUGGCUACGGAGGCCUUUCAGGUUGGCAGUGGCUGUUCUUGAGCGAAGGGCUUGUGACGGUCGUCUUUGGUGUGGCAGUCAACUUCAUCCUCCCUGACUUCCCGCCUACAGCGAAGUGGCUGACCGAAAGGGAGAAGACGUUUAUCCAGGCCCGACUGCCUCCAAACGCUCCACGCGCUGCCGAAGAGGACUUCAGCUUCCGUGAAAUCGUCAAUACACUAAAGGAUCGUCGUUUGUGGCUGUUCACACUAAUCUGGGCCACGUUCACCGUCGGGACAUCUGGCGCCCAGUUGCUCAACCUGCCAAUCUCAAUCCUCUCGCUGGUUGUCAUCGGCGCGACUGGACUUGUGGCCGACAAUGGAAGACUGCCUCGUCCACUUUAUCCUCUCAGCAUGUUUGCAAUCAUCAUUGCCUGCUACGCUGUCUUAGUCGUAUACCCCUCAAACGGGGCAGUAUACACCGCGACUCUGAUCGGCAAUGCCUGCACAUCGGCUUUCUUCCCACUGAUGUGGCCAUGGCGUGUCCAAACGACGAGUCGGGCCACAGGUUCUGCCUUCGGCAUCGGCUUCGUCAAUAGCUACGGCCAGAUCGGCGGAGCAGUUGGGCCCCAGAUCUUCCGCCAGCAGUACGCUCCGAGGUACCGAGAAAGUUUUGCCAGCGCGAUGGCUUUGGUGGGAGCAUGUACGUGUGUGACGUUGGUGACUUGGUGGGUCACAAGGAAGACGGAAGCAGAUACUCGUCGGUUGAAAAGAUUGCGCGUCAAGGCACAGAAGGAUGAUCUGACUGUCUUGACCGAUGUUGUGGAUCGCGAUUUGGCAAAAGCUAAGAACGAAGUUUAA